UUCGCCAGAUGAGCGAUCGAGGAAACUUUAGACCAGAAUCGAGGCUGGGAACUCUGGUUCUAAAGUUCCCUGGAAAGUUCCAAAUUUUCCUGUGUGAGUGGAAAGGGAUGGGAGCCAUGGAGGAGAGCACCGUCGCCGACGCUAGCACAACCAAGGAUCUUGAAAAUGGCUGGUCUGGAGAUCUGGAGAAAGAGAGCUUCAUCACAAAGGACGGCACUGUGGAUUGGAAGAACAAUCCUGCUGAUAGGAGAACUACCGGCGGCUGGAAAGCGUGUCCUUAUAUCUUGGGAAACGAAUGCUGUGAGAGGCUUGCCUACUAUGGAAUGUCCAUAAACUUGGUGGUGUUUCUGACCGACAAACUCCAUCAGCACAACGCGACUGCAUCGACCAAUGUGACGAACUGGUCUGGAACGUGUGACAUCACGCCUCUCAUAGGAGCUUUCUUGGCCGAUGCCUACCUCGGUCGCUACUGGACGAUCGCUGCCUUCUCUUCUGUAUACUUUGUGGGAAUGGUUCUGCUCACUUUAUCAGCGUCAGUUCCAUCGUUAAAACCACCGUCUUGUGUGGGGGACGUUUGUCCUGGGGCCUCGCCUGGUCAGAUCGGAUCAUUCUAUCUGGCUCUCUAUCUGGUAGCGCUGGGCACUGGUGGAAUCAAGCCUUGCGUUUCAUCCUUUGGAGCAGACCAGUUUGACGACGAAGACCUCUCGGAGAAGAAGUAUAUGACUGUCUUCUUCAACUGGUUCUACUUCUCGAUCAACGUCGGUGCCAUGAUCGCCAGCACCUUUCUCGUUUACAUCCAGCAAAGCGUCAACUGGGCUUGGGGAUUUGGCAUACCGGCAGCAGCAAUGGGAAUAGCAAUUGUGGGCUUCUUCAUCGGGUCCAAGCAGUACAGGCACCAGAAACCAGGAGGAAGUCCGCUCACUCGGAUCGCUCAAGUUAUCGUCGCAGCCAUCCGGAACUGGAGGCUACGUCUUCCAGCCGACGAGACCAUGCUCUACGAGGUCGACGGGAAGGCGUCCGCCAUCGAAGGGAGCCGAAAAAUCCAGCAUACAGCAGAAUACAGUUUCCUGGACAAGGCAGCGAUCGAGAACCAGUCGAGACCGACGACAAAGUGGAAUCUUUGCACGGUCACUCAAGUCGAGGAAGUGAAGAUCCUGCUACGAAUCGUUCCUAUCUGGGCCAGCGUCAUCGUCUUCUCCACAGUUUACGCUCAGAUGUCGACGUUGUUCGUGGUGCAAGGCCUCAAGAUGGACUACAUCCUCGGCACCUUCAAGGUCCCGUCGGCAUCGCUCUCCAUGUUUGACCCGCUCAGCGUGUUGAUCUUGGUCCCGAUCUACGACCGCCUGCUCGUCCCCUUCGUCCGCAAGUACACCGGCCAUCCACAGGGAUUCACGCAGCUCCAGAGGAUGGGAAUCGGUCUCGUCAUCUCCACGAUCUCCAUGGUGGUGGCGGCGGUCCUGGAGAUCCAGCGUCUGCGAGUCGCGAGGGAGAAAGGCCUGGUGGAUGCCGACGACAAGAACUUCCCGAAGCUCCUCAACGCGCAGCUCAGCAUCUUCUGGCAAAUCCCCCAGUACUUCAUCAUCGGGGCGUCGGAGGUGUUCACCUUCAUCGGGCAGCUCGAGUUCUUCUACGAGCAGUCGCCCGACGCCAUGCGGAGCUUGGGCUCGGCGCUGUCGCUGGCGACGGUGGCGCUGGGGAACUACCUCUCGAGCUUGCUGGUGACCAUCGUUACCAAGAUCACCCGGAGGGAUGGGAAGCCCGGAUGGAUCGCCGACAACCUCAACCAUGGCCACAUUAACUACUUCUUUUGGCUCUUGGCAGCGCUCAGCGUCGUCAACUUUCUCUUCUAUCUUUCAUUCGCGUAUCGCUUCAAGUAUAAGGAGACUAAGUAAAAGAAGAUUGGCGACUAAGUAAAAGAAAAGCUUAACUGUGUACAGUGGCCUUUAGUCAACGUGAUCUGGUCAAAGCUGCCCGGAGAGCUCAUGCUGGUUCUCAAGGGGGUGUUUACGUUUAACAGCAGACGAAGAAGUCUCGCCAGACUGGUGUGAUACGGAUCGAAGGAAGACCAACACACCAAGUACGUAAUUCUUGGUAUGAUUUCUCAUUGAGAAGUUUGUGAUGGAAGUUCAAGAAUAAGCUCGCUCGGCACCAAGUACGUAUAUAAUGUUUGUUUCAUACUUGUUCUUAAUGGGAAAGCCACACUUUAAUGAAAGCUUUCUUGAGCUCACAGCUUCCA